AUGACAACUAACACCGAGAUCUAUUCGCGACAAGAAAUUGUUACUUAUCUUAUUUUAUCGAGGUUGCCUGUGCAAUCACUGUUGCGAUACAAACGUGUGUGUAAAAGUUGGCGCUAUCUCAUCAAAAGCUCGAGUUUUAUCAGAAAUGAUCACUUUGAUAACGCGAGUAUUGGUAGUCGUAAAAUUGUAGCCAAGUUCGGUGUUGACUAUGAAACAGAACCUCUGCCUACAAGGCAAUUUCAUUUGUACUUACUCCCUGAUCAAAUAUUUCCAGGAUGUGUACCUACACAUCAACGGAUUAAUUACUGCGACGGUGUUAAUGAUUUCAGAAAUAUUCAUGGUCCAAUUGAUGGAGUGUUCUUAAUAGAGAAUGGACAUUUUAUGGAUGUUCGGUUUGCUUGGUGGAAUCCUGCAAUCAAACAGUGUAGGCUCAUUCCUCGUUUCGAAUUUGAUGUAGAAGAAAAUUUUCAGGACUGUUGUUGA